CUGAGCCUGUACUUGACUGAAGAAAACUUUUGGAAGAGAAGUUGUUUUCUUUGUAGCUUAGAUUUUAAAUUACAAGUUACUUUAACAUUAAUUAUUGUAAUAUAAUAUUUUUUCGCUUUAGAGUUAUUAUAGCAUUUAAUUUUCAUUUUAUUAGUAUAACAUGCCUGCCCAAAAUAAAGAAUGGUAUUACUAUUAAUAAUUCGGAAAUGUAGAUAUAUUGUUUAGAUACUUUUUAAAUUAUAUAACUUGAAAGAGAAAAUUAAUUUCUAAACAAAACAUUUAAACUAUAUUUGUACCACCAACAACAAUAAUUAGUACUUUAAACAUUUUCGUAAUGCCUCUAUUCAAAAAUGAGCUCAUCCAUCCAAUUCGUCACUUCCGCAUUGAGCGAGUUCUGAACUUCAGGCCCAAUGUCAGGCUACAUUAGUUGGGAAAAUUUUCUUUUUGAAAUCAAGAAUUUUCAAGCGGCAUCUUCAAGUCUUCGUGAUGGCUGGGAACUUAGAGUUUUAAAGGUGCUGGCUAGCGACGCUAGUAAUCGAUUGGUGACGUUCGAGUACCACGUGAUUUACAGUAUCAGUUAUUCCGUUCCUGUUUUGUACUUCACAGCUUGGAGACAAGAUGGUACUCCUUUGUCUCUCGAGGAGGUGUGGGAUCAGGUUCCUCGGUGUUAUCAAGAACAGUUAAAACAACAACGCUGGUCUAUUCUAACUCAACAGCAACUACCUCUUAUUAUGGUUGAGUACCGUUAGUCCAUUGGUCGGACUGGAGCUUUCGAUGAGGUACGCAGAGCUGUGCUCUAUCAAACGGAAUUGUUCAACAACGACUUCCUAGUGUUUCAAAUAGUAUAAAUUUUGUUUCCACUAUGUUUCCAAUCUAUAGGUUUUGAAUAAAACUAUAUCAUAAGAUUAUGUUUAUGAUUACAUUUUGUCACGAAUAAAGGUUUAACCAUAAAAAUCCAACCAAAGCA